GUGUGUGUGUGUGUCUCACACAGAUGUUUGUUGUGUUUCAGAUUGACAUAUUUGAGCAGCAGUUCAGCAGCAUCAGUAAGAUCGACUUCAUGGAGAGAUACCUCAGUGAGAGAGAAUACCUCAUCAUCAUCAUCAUCAGUCCAAAGUACUAUGAGACAGUGACGGCGCCACCUGUUGGUGUGGAGAACGACGAGAGGACGUUCAACACCGUCUACAUCCACAAACAGCUCCAGAACGAGUUCAUCCAGAACGGAAGUAAAAACUUCAGGUUUAUUCCAAUUCUGUUUCCUGGAGCUAAAAAGUGUCACGUUCCAAACUGGCUCCAGAACACAAACGUUUAUCGAUGGCCUCGAGAUCGCGACGACAUCCUGAGACGACUGAUGAGAGUGGAGAAAUAUAAUCCUCCUCCUAUCGGAGAACUGCCCACCAUUGUCUCCAUCCCCAUCUGAACCCUGUUACUGUUACUCCUCCUCUUCUUCCUCUUCACAGUUUCUUUAUUUUAACUUUGUUGUUUGAUCAUGUUGUGCCUGUGACAUCAUCAGUGAUGGCGUACAGUAGGUCAAAGGUUAAAGGUCAACAUGACCAUUUCUUGUUUCCAGAUUUUACUGAUGUUUACUGAACUUUUCUUUUAUUGAUAAUAAAGAAAAUAAUAUACUGCCAUAAA